AUGACGCCUAAAGCAACGCGUUCCUUCCAGCGACUCCUGUCGCAGCGGUCGCACUUGGCCAAGGCUUUGCCGCGCCCGUCGCGGGCUGCGUCCCGCCACAGAGCAUCCGUGCCCGAUCGUUCUCGUCACCUCUUCUGCAUUACACCAGUUAGCACCAAUCACCCCUCUAGCACCUCUUUCUCUCGGGUUGCUCCGCUGCACACUCCUGCUCUACUCCUGCUCUACUCCUGCUUCACUCCUGCUCUCGGAUUGCUCGUGGCGAUCAAGGUCGAAGAGCGAAUGGCGUCCGCCGGAAUCAGCAGCACGGGGAAUGGCAAGGCCGUGCGUGCGCUGCUCGCCAUCGUCGCCGUCAUCGCCGCGUGUCUCCCGCAGCCGUGCGUGCGUCCCCUCUUGCCCUCUCUCGCGCCCGCCUCUCGCGAGAAGCCGCCCUCUCUCUCUCUCUCUCUCUCUCUCUCUCUCUCUCUCUCUCUCUCUCUCUCUCUCUCUCUCUCUCUCUCUCUCUCUCGCUGGCCUUGUGCUCUCACUGCACAGUCCGGUUCGCUGCGCUGCAGAGCGCACGACGCGACUGGGUGGCAGGCUGCCGCGCCUCAUCUCUGCAUUCGCCUUCCCCCCUUCCCCCUUUCCCCCGGUCCGCACGGCGCUGUGCUGCAGACAACAUGUGUCAGUAUGCGCGCUGCCGUGCCGGCUCUGACACAUGCACCCCACCCACGGACGACCGCGCGGCAGUGA